CUUGCCGUAGGCGCUGUGCAUUGUGGGUAGCCCUGUCAAAGCGGCGGGAGAGGAGAAUCUUCUGUUUUGCCGCAUAUGUGUUUAUGUAAGCCCGCAGCACUAAAUAUAGAUUUAAUAAGCAGGAUAACAAGAAGUGGAUAUUGGUAAAAUAGUGUACAAUAGUGUGGUUGAUACCCUUGUUGAUAACUCAUUGUAGUGCCACAGUGUUCCGAGGGCAAAGCAUUCCCGGGAAAUUGUGUUUUUUUUUAAGCGUCGAUUUUUUUUUUUGCUAGCCCGUUUUAGCGCGUCUGUAACAAUGGCGAAGGUUCAGGUGUUGAAUGUCGCCGUGCUGGAUAACCCGAGUCCCUUUGGAAACCCUUUCCAGUUUGAAAUAACGUUUGAGUGCAUGGAGGACCUGCCCGAAGACCUAGAGUGGAAAAUCAUCUACGUCGGCUCAGCAGAAAGUGAGGAGUAUGACCAAACUCUCGACUCUGUCCUGGUCGGCCCAGUACCAGCUGGGAGGCAUAUGUUUGUGUUUCAGGCGGAUGCCCCAAACACGGGUUUGAUUCCUGAAAGUGAUGCUGUUGGUGUAACUGUAGUUCUGAUCACCUGCACGUACCGCGGCCAGGAGUUCAUUCGCAUCGGUUACUAUGUGAACAAUGAAUACACAGACCCCGAGCUGCGUGAGAACCCACCCAUCAAACCAGACUACACACAGCUUCAGAGAAAUAUUCUGGCAUCAAACCCACGUGUUACCAGAUUCCAUAUAAACUGGGAAGGCUGUGCAGAGCGAAUGGAAGACUCUGAAAAUGUGGAUCCUGCAUCAAACUCAAUGCUCCCUCCGUCCUGUCUCCCUGGCAAGGCCCCACCCCUGGGCCUACUACCGGAUAACUCCAUGGAUUGCUUAUAGAGACUCCCACUGGCUAACUGGUGAUAGCUCAAGACCUAUUUUUUUGAAGAAUGCCCAUGGACAUUCAAGCGUGGAUGAAGAGCCAGCUUUGCCUUACAGCUGCCCUUAUUUCCCAGAAACUUGUUGUCGACAAAAAACUCUCACCUUGGACUUCAGAGGAGCGUUUUUUUUGUUUUUGUUUUGUUUUGUUUUGUUUUGUUUGUUUUUUCCUAGGACAAAGAGUAAAGUCUCACUGGAUCACAAUGGGGCGUUGCUUAUUAUGGCACUGAGAGCAAUAUUAGUACUAUGUUAAUUAAAGUCCAUGGAAGUGGAAACAAUGGCUUAGAAAAAAUGCAGUUGAACUGAUCAACAAAACAAAAUCGAAAGCUGUUGUAUGAUUCAGCUUCCUUCCUUUCCUUGGUGCAGGAUGGAUUUGUAACCAUUUAAGAGGAUUUUAGCCCUGAAGCAAUAGGCAUAUAAGAAUAUUUUGCUGGCCAUGAAUUUGAUAAUCUGUGUUUCCAUUCAGAUUCCUUUUGCACUUAUACCUUUUCCCACAUAUGUUGUGGAGACUUGGAUGGGUCAUUACUUCCUGUAUUCCUUUUUCUUUUUGUCUGCCAUUUUGUGUUCAGAAUAAAUAAAACAUUGUAUUUGUGUA